GCAGCGUGAAGGCCACUGGGAGCUGUAGUCAAAGUUGUAUUGAAGCAGGUGAUUUGCUGUGUUAAGUCACUACAGUACCCACACACAGCGCACACAGGGCCGACCCUCCAGAGGAGGAGAAAUACAAGUGAACCCACGGGGCUCAGCGGAGAAUUCAAGCCGUGAACUCCGAGAAUGACUGGGGGGACGCAGCUGCGGAGGCGUGGGGGGCCGUACAAGACGGAGCCCGCCACAGACCUGACUCGCUGGAGGCUGACCAACGUUGAGGGAAGACAAACAUGGCGCUAUGUGAAAGAUCAAGACUCCCCAGACAGAGAGCAGACCAUGCUGGAAGCCCACUCACUAGGCUUGGAUACGAGCAGGUACAUGCCUGGCUCCCCAGCUGCCCAUACAGCUGUGGACGCAGCACUGAAGGCAAUGCACUUCUACAGUCACCUCCAGGCCGAGGACGGCCACUGGGCAGGGGACUAUGGUGGACCUCUCUUCCUGCUCCCAGGUCUCUUGAUCACAUGCCAUGUGGCUAACAUCCCUCUGGACGCAGCGUGGAAGAAGGAGAUGGUGAGGUACCUGCGCUCUGUCCAGCUGCCAGACGGAGGCUGGGGCUUACAUAUUGAAGAUAAGUCUACAGUGUUUGGUACAGCACUCAGCUACACCUCACUAAGGAUCUUGGGAGUGGAACCUGAUGACCCCGACAUGGUUCGUGCCAGGAACAACCUACACAGCAAAGGAGGAGCUGUGGGAAUUCCAUCCUGGGGUAAAUUCUGGUUGGCCAUCUUAAAUGUGUACAGUUGGGAAGGAAUGAACACACUCCUACCAGAGAUGUGGUUGUUCCCCACUUGGAUGCCAGCACAUCCCUCUACCCUGUGGUGCCACUGUCGCCAGGUGUACCUCCCCAUGAGCUACUGCUACGCUGUCAGGCUGACCGCCCAGGAGGACGCGCUGGUCCUCAGCCUCAGAGAGGAGCUGUAUGUCCAGGACUAUGGCACCAUUGACUGGCCGGCUCAGAGGAACAAUGUGGCAGCAUGUGACAUAUACACACCUCACAGCACACUGCUCUCCGUAGCCUACAUGGUGAUGAACGUGUAUGAGGCCCACCACAGCACUGCACUGAGACAGAGAGCCGUCAAAGAGCUGUAUGAGCACAUACAAGCUGAUGACCGCUUCACAAAAUGUAUCAGCAUUGGACCAAUCUCAAAGACCAUCAACAUGCUGGUACGCUGGUAUGUGGAUGGUCCCGCCUCUCCUGCCUUUCAGGAGCAUGUGUCCCGGAUCCCCGACUACCUCUGGUUGGGACUGGAUGGCAUGAAAAUGCAGGGCACCAAUGGAUCUCAGCUUUGGGACACUUGCUUUGCUGUACAGGCUUUCCUUGAGGCGGGAGCCCAGGACAACCCCAGACUACUCAAGUGCCUUCAACAUGCCCAUCAGUUCCUCACCGUCACACAGAUACCCGAGAAUCCUCCUGAGUACCAGAAGUACUACAGACAGAUGAACAAGGGAGGCUUCCCCUUCAGCACCCGGGACUGUGGCUGGAUGGUGGCCGACUGCACAGCCGAGGGCCUGAAGUCAGUGAUGCUGCUGCAGGAGCUCUGUCCCUCCGUUGGCCAGCCGGUCCCCUCAGAGCGCCUCUGUGAUGCUGUCAGUGUGCUGCUAAACAUGAAAAAUGCAGACGGUGGUUUUGCCACAUAUGAAACCAAGAGAGGAGGGAGACUUCUGGAGCUGCUAAACCCCUCCGAGGUGUUUGGUGACAUCAUGAUAGACUACACCUAUGUGGAGUGCACAUCAGCAGUGAUGCAGGCCCUGAGGCAUUUCCAGAAGGCACACCCUGAGCAUCGUGCUGAGGAGAUAAGGUCCACUCUAAGAGAAGGACUGGAUUACUGCAGGAGGGUGCAGAGGCCUGAUGGAUCAUGGGAAGGGUCCUGGGGAGUGUGCUUCACUUACGGAAUUUGGUUUGGCCUUGAAGCGUUUGCGUGUAUGGGUCACAUCUACAAGGAUGAGGAUGUGUGUGUGGAGGUGCAGAGAGCCUGUGAGUUCCUGCUGGAGCGACAGAUGUCAGACGGAGGUUGGGGGGAGGACUUUGAGUCAUGCGAGCAGCGGCGCUACAUCCAGAGCAGCAGCGCUCAGAUCCACAACACCUGCUGGGCUCUGCUGGGCCUCAUGGCUGUCAGGCAUCCUGACAGCCAAGCCAUUGAGAGAGGAAUACAGCUGCUGAUUGACAAGCAGCUGCCCAAUGGGGACUGGCCCCAGGAGAAUAUCCCGGGUGUCUUCAACAAGAGCUGUGCUAUCAGCUACACCUCCUAUAGAAACGUCUUCCCCAUCUGGGCUUUGGGACGCUUCUCAGCCCUUUACCCCUCCAGCCCCCUGGCCGGGAAGGUCAAGCUCUGAUGACCCUCAAAAGGUCAAGUUUAUUCUGACUGAACACCCGGAUUUGGAAGCAAAGACCAUGCCUCCUACCAAAGGAAAGAUGCAGAGCUGUUACUCAAUAUGUAUGUUUCUGUGCUUCAGCUCUUUUUUGACUGAAAAGAUGACACAGCACUGAUACAGUACCCAUCAGGAAAACACACUGCAGUCAGACCAAGGUCAAAUAGCAUUUGCAAGUAAUUGUUCAACAGGAUAAUAUAAUGAGUGCCAGGAAGUUUAGACUGUAUGUAGAAAUUAUCUAAAAAAAUCACUUGAGUGUAUGUUUUUAUGACAACUUAUCUGAUACUAUCUGAACUGUCCUGAUUCUUUACUAAUUGACUCUGGUCUCUGCUUGUCAGUGUAAUUUGUAAGUGCAGCUCUUGUAUUAGCUGACAAGUUGACAUUCCAACAUGGCUCAUUUCCCAGAGCAAUAUUUCCACAGUGUGCAGACACCGCUGCUUCUUGAGACACAUGUAAGGGUGCCUUAUUUUGAUAUGACGUGUAUGAAAGCAUUCAUUUUGAUGUUGUCUCAUAUCCAUGUCCUCUACCAGUAAAUAUCAAUACAGAGUAAAUCAUUUUUCUUUCGAA